AUGGAGCCGUACGUGCUGCUGGACCCGCGACAGAGAGCGCUGUAUCGCGACGUGAUGCAGGAGAGCUACGAGACGCUGAUGGCGCUGGAAUUCCCUGUUUCCAAGCCUGAUCUGCUGUCCCGCCUGGACCAUGGGGAUGAACCUACAGCCCUGGAUCUCCACGUGCCCAGGGACACCCCAGCCACAGAGGAUGGAGCAGGAGUGGAGCAGGAACCCCCUCGAGAAGAAGCUGCUGAGAAAGAGCCCGAAGUGGUGAAACCUGUGGGCGAGGAGCAUCCUUCGAGCCCCGCCGAGGCCGGGGCGAAGGCGGGCAGGAGUGGGGGACCAGGGGAGACGGCCACGCGCCCCAGCGAGAGCCAACCCAGCAACACAUGCGGCGAGUGUGGGAAGAGCUUCAGCCACAAGUCAGCCCUGGUGAAGCACCAGAAGAUCCACACCGGCGACCGCCCCCACGAAUGCCCCGACUGCGGCAAGUGCUUCAUCCAACGCUCGGACCUCACCAUCCAUCAGCGGGUCCAUACGGGCGAGCGGCCCUACGCCUGCCCCGACUGUGGGCGCCGCUUCAGCGUCAGCUCCUCCUUGCUCACCCACCAGCGUACCCACGCUCCCGGGGGGGAGAAACCCAACCGCUGCCCCCAGUGCGGCCGCAGCUUUGCUGAUCCGGGAGCCCUUGACCGGCACCAGAAGAGCCACCUGGGUGGGAAACCCUACGAGUGUGGGGUGUGCGGGAAAGCCUUCGCCUGGAGCUCCCACCUCGAGCGGCAUCAGCGCAUCCACACCGGCGAGAAGCCCUUCCAGUGCGCCGAAUGCGGGCGAGCCUUCGCCUGGAGCUCCCACCUCGACCGCCACAUGCGCACCCACGCUGCCGUCGCCGCCUCCGAGGAUGAGGAGGAUGGGGAGGCGGAGGAAGAGCCCCCGCCACCCCCCCAGAAAUGCGCCGACUGCGGCAAGCGCCUCAACCACCAGACGGACCCCCAGCGCUUCAAGCACAAGGGCACCCAGACGCCGCCGGCAGGUGCCGAACCCGCUGGCAGCCCCCCGCGACCCUACCGCUGCGAGCAGUGCGGCAAAUGCUUCGGCCAGAGCUCCAACCUCCUCAAACACCAGCGUGUCCACACCGGUGAGCGGCCGUACCCCUGCCCGGAUUGCAAACGCUGCUUCCGUUGGGGCUCAGCCCUGGCCAAGCACCGGCUCACCCAUGCCCGGCCGCAGCAAGCCGGUGAUGCCGCCAAAGCCGUGCCGGCAGCCACCGAGGAAGCCGGCGCUGGAGGAGGCGGCAAACCCUACCCAUGCGGGGCGUGCGGGAAGAGUUUCGGCUGGGUCUCGCACCUGGAGCGCCAUCGCCGCAUCCACACCGGGGAGAAGCCCUUCCGCUGUGGGGAGUGCGGGCGGGCGUUUGCCGUCAGCUCCCACCUGGAACGGCACCGCCGGGUACACACCGGCGAGCGGCCCUACCGCUGCGGCGAGUGCGGGAAGAGUUUCGCCGUUAGCUCCACCUUGCUGGCUCAUCGACGCACCCACGCCGCCCAGCCGGGCCGGCCCCACGCCUGCCCUGAGUGUGGCAAGGGUUUUAGCACACCAGCCAGCUUGGAGCGGCACCGGCGGCUUCACCGGGGAGAGAAACCUUACCAGUGCGGCAUCUGUGGCAAAGGCUUUGCCUGGAGCUCCCACUACGACCGGCACCGGCUCACCCACACCGGCGAGAAACCCUUCUCCUGCGCCCACUGUGGCAAAUGCUUCGGUCGCAGCUCCCACCGCAACCGACACCAGCGUGCCCACAUGCAGGGCGGCCCGGAGAAGCGGCAUGUCUGUCCCGAAUGCGGCAAAGCCUUCAGCCUCAGCACAGCCCUGGCGGCUCACCAGCGACUGCAUGCCGCUGCCACCGGCGGCCGCAGCCCCCUCACCUUGCUGCCGCCUGCGUGCUCCUGA